AUGUGGAUUCGGGAGCAUCUUUACUUCAAUGGUUUCAGUAAAAAUUAUUUGAAUUGGAUUUGGCAUGGUGAGGCUGCGGAGAAGGAUAGAUUAAAUUCGAGUGUCAACCAAGAGCCAACUGAUAAUUGUCAUGAUGAUUUUGAAACUGUUAAUUUGUGUGAGGCAGCGUAUGAUAACCAUACAGAAAAUCCAGAAGCAUUUAUGAAGUUUUUGGAGGAAGCCGAGAAGCACCUGUAUAAGGGAUGCAAACGUUACACAAAGUUGAGUGCACUUGUAAAACUAUACAAUACCAAAGCAAGGCAUGGGAUGAGUGAUGCUCUAUUUUCAGAUCUACUAGCAGAUUUUGGGGACAUGCUGCCAGAUAACCACAAUCUGCCAUCGUCAAUUUAUGAAGCAAAGAAGACGUUGAGUUGUUUGGCUUUGAGUCAUGAAAAGAUUCAUGCUUGUUCCAAUGAUUGCAUCCUUUAUAGGAAACAAUAUAAAGACUGCGUAAGCUGCCCGAAAUGUGGCUUAUCAAGAUGGAAGCUAACCAAGAAAAAUGUUGAGAAGAAAGGUGUUCCUGCCAAAGUGGUUUGGUAUUUCCCUCCCAUACCAAGAUUUAAGCGCAUGUUUAAAUCUUUAGAAACUUCCAGAAAUUUAACAUGGCAUGCAGAUAGCACAAGAGUUGUUGGUCAGUUACGCCAUCCAGUUGAUUCACCGUCAUGGGAAUUGGUGGAUCAUAUGUGGCCCGACUUUGGAAGUGAGCCUGGAAACGAUAUCGACGUCUACCUUGAGGUUCUGGUUGAUGAUUUGCAGCUCUUGUGGGAAGGAGUUGAUAGAGUUUAUGAUGCUUAUCGAAGGGAGGUUUUCACUCUUAAAGCAGUUCUUUUAUGGACCAUCAAUGACUUUCCUGCAUAUGGUAACCUUAGUGGAUGUACUACACAUGGUUAUUACGCAUGCCCAAUAUGUGGUGAGGAUACUUAUGCAAAGCACUUACCAAAUGGGAAGAAAAUGUCAUUUGCUAGGCAUAGACGAUUCCUACCACGAUUUCAUCCAUAUCGGAGGCAAAUAAAGGAGUUUAAUGGCAUGGAGGAACUUAGUGAAGCAGGUAGGCCAUUAUCUGGAAUUAAGUUGUUUGACAAGCUUUCAGACAUAACAUGUGAGUUUGGAAAGAAAACAAGUGUGAAGGGAAAAAUAAGGAAAAAAGCAAAGGAGAAUAUUGUGGAAGACAUUGAAGAAGAAAAGUAUGUUGGAGCUACAAAUUUCAAUAAAUGUUGGAAGAAGAAGUCAAUUUUUUUCAAUCUUCCAUACUGGAAAUACCUACAUGUUAGGCAUUGUCUCGAUGUUAUGCACAUUGAGAAAAACAUUUUCGAGUCUCUGAUUAAUACUUUGAUGAACAUCAAGGGAAAAACCAAGGACAAUGUGGCAGCUAGGUUGGACAUAGUUCAGAUGGGAAUUAGGCCUCAAUUGGCUCCUAAAAUUGGUGAGAAAAGAACAUAUCUACCUCCUGCAGCAUGCUCAUUCACAAAAAAUGAGAGAUUACAAGUAUGUAGGUCAUUAAUGGAUAUAAAAGUUCUGGAAGGUUUCUCAUCAAACAUGAAGAAUCUUGUCUGCAUGGAUGAGAUGAAGCUGAGUAGCUUGAAAUCACAUGAUUCUCAUGUUAUAAUGCAGCACUUCCUGCCAAUAGUCAUACGCAAUUCUCUGCCAAAAUAUGUUAGAUAUGCUGUCAUAAGAUUAUGCUUCUUCUUCAAAGAUAUUUGUUGCAAGAUUAUCGAUGUAGCCAAGUUAGAUAAGCUGCAAUCUGACUUGAUUGUUACACUCUGCUUAUUGGAGCAGUAUUUCCCCCCUUCUUUCUUCGAUAUCAUGCUCCACUUAACAGUUCAUCUUGUUCGUGAAGUCCAAUUAUGUGGACCAGUCUACUUCAGAUGGAUGUACCCAUUUGAAAGAUGCAUGAAGGUGUUGAAAAGUUACGUAGGCAGUCGAAAAUAUCCAGAAGGUUGCAUUGUUCGGAGAUAUGCAGCAGAAGAAGCAGUUGAAUUUUGUUCAGAAUAUCUCAAUGACCUUGAUCCUGUUGGGGUCCCUAAAUCACUACGUGACCCAAACACAAGCAUUCCUGGAUUCUCAGCAAGCAAUUCAUCAAUCAUCGUCCAACAAAUUGAUCUCCAACAAGCACACUUGACUGUUCUAGAAAAUACAGAAGAAAUAUCUCCAUACAUUAUGAAUGCAUGUCAGGUGGCUGCUGAAAUCGAUAGUUGCAAUGGUGGAAUGACAUCGUCAUUGAGAUGGCUGGCCCAUGGACCACGUGUGCGAGUCUUAAAGUGUGAUAGCUAUGUCAUAAAUGGCAAUUUAUACCAAACAAAAGAGCGGGAUGAUGAGAAAGUUUGUCAAAACAGUGGUGUUUCUCUACUUGCCAACACGAUGCUUGUUUGUAGUGCCAAAGAUAAGAAUCCCGUGUUAGAGAAUGUGACUUUUUAUGGAGUUAUUGAAGAGAUAUGGGAACUAGACUAUCAUCAAUUUCAAGUUCCUCUUUUCAAGUGCGCAUGGGUAUCAAAUGACAAAGGAAUACAAUACAAUGAUGAAUGUGGCUUCACCUUAGUUAAUCUGAACAAACGAGGCCACCAGAAGGAUGAAUUUGUGCUUGCAAGUCAAGUUAGACAAGUAUUUUAUGUUGCUGACCCACUGAACAAAGGGUGGUCAAUAGUGCUUCAAGUUCCAAAUAGAUGUUACGAGGGAGAAGAGGAUCUUUGGACCAUAAUUCCCGAAGCUCGACCAAUUGAUAAUGUUGAUAUUCAUUGGAAAAGAACAAUGCGUCCUAAAAAACAGCGAAAAAUAGCAAAAUAUGAUGAGCCACGUGUAGUUGAGGACACCGAACUACACCAAGAUGCUGAUGGGUUAGCAGCUGCAGAGCUACGAGGAGAGACUGAAAUAGAACAACCUCCUAUUACUGGGCAGAAGAAGACUCGGGGGCCUACAUCAAUGUGCAGACUUAUUGCUGCUGCAAGAUGGGGAAAAAAGUCGACGAUUGAAUAUGAUGACAUAGGACGACCUGUGUACAAUGAAAAUGGGAAGGCACUACAAUCUUUCAUAGACUCUGUUGUUAGAUCCAUGGUGCCUAUUAACAUAAAGUCAUGGCCCACUGUUCCAGAGAACAUGAAAUAG